CCUCGCCUUCCACGUCUCCUCUGUAUUACAAGAGUCAACAACCCCUCCUUCCAUCUGCAACAUUUUGAUAUCAGGAAGUGAAAACCCAGCUAUCAAGCUCUAAAGCCCAUGGAGGUCUCCGGAUUGGUUUCCCGCCAAAUUCCGUACUAUUCCGGCACAGGAACCCAUGCCCGGACAUCGAAGGAUUCGUUUUCCGGCGACGUCCACUUUCCGGGUCGGAAUGAAUACGGAGUGAGUUUGAGGAGCAGAAGGGUUGAUGUGAAUUCUGGGUUUUGCGAUAUGUGGCAUGUGGGGUAUUAUUAUUCGGGUCCGAGAUGCGGUGGUGGUAGUAAGAAGGAGAAGGAGAUCAAGAAGAAGAAGUUGAAGUCGGUUAAAGGCUUAUCGGAGCUGUCUGCGUCUUCUCAGAUCCGUACUGGGUUGGAUCCUGGGGAGGGAUUGGGAUCUCAAGCUCCGGAGAAGCUGAUUUCGGAGGGUGCAGAGGCAUUGCUACAGCAAUUAGAACAGCUAAGAGCUCAGGAGAAGGAGUUGAAGAAAAAAAAUAAAGAAUUGAAGGCGAGGCUCAAGGUAGAGCGGAUGAAGACCAUGAAGGACUGUGAUUCAUCAUCUUCGUUGUCUUCGUCUGAGUCGAGUGAGAGUGAAUGUGGGGAGGUGAUCGACAUGAACAGCCUGAGAGGUGAAAUUCUUGCACAACCGAUAUUAGAGGGCUUGCAGCCAUCGGCUCAAGAAGGGGUGGCAUUGUUGACUCACCCGAGUUUGGUAUCAACAAUUCAAGAAAAUAGAAGCUGCAAUGGAACUAGUACUAGUUGUGGCAGCGAUGAUAGUGUUGGUCCUAACAAUAAUGCUUCAAGUAGCUCAAUUAUGGAAGCAUCUGUUGCGACAGAGAUUGAAGUAUGCAUGGGCAAGAAAUGCAAGACAUCAGGAGGUGUAGAAUUGUUAGAGGAAUUCGAGAGGUUAAUGGGUGUCCAAGGUAGUGUUGUUGGGUGCAAGUGUAUGGGAAAAUGCAAAAAUGGUCCGAAUGUGAGGGUCUUAAACUCCGUAGAUGGGAUCGAAUCUGAAGAAGGAAUAGAGGACUCUGUAAGGAAUCCCACUAAUCCUUUGUACAUUGGAGUUGGCCUGGAAGAUGUGAGCCUUAUUGUGGCCAGCUUAAUGGGGGAAACCAACAAGGAUUUGGGGCUUGCCUCUGCAACCUAGAGAUACAUUCUAAAAUUACCUGCAAUGAUGAAAUGGGUUUCCUUUUUCCUUAUGUAUGUCGUAUAAACAAAUGUAAGUUUGCAUAACUGCAUCACUCAAAAGUUGUGUUGCUCUUGUAAAUCUAGAUAGAAUAAAUGAAUUUUUCAUGUACCUAGUUUCAAUGCCUCAUCCUAGUCUGCGUUUUCUGUA